AAACCUUCUACAAACUUACUUGGAGUGUAGAAGUCAAACAAAAACGUAGAUUUAUCUUGCUAUUGAUGUGGGACUGCUAAUAUUUUGAACACAACUGUGCGUGUGAAUGAGGGCAGUGAAGCCCAACUGGACUCCUGUCGGGUGAAAACAACCGACUGCCGUCGACAAUUGUAUUAUUCCUCAGCGUAUUUCCUCGCCCUUUGUUCUGACUGGACAUCAGACACUUGCUUGAAGCUCUAAUAGGCCGUGAUGCGAUCAUGGACGGGCCUGUUUCCACGGAGGAGGUCAUACACCAGCAAGCACGCCAGUGUGUCAUGAGUGUGAUGCAGUAAAGGACCAAGAAUAGAAAGGUGUUUUUCUCUUCUCACUCUCAACAGUUGCCUGUAAUGAAGCCACGCUUCGUUUAAAAGAAGCAUUUCAAGGGUGAAUGACUCCUCAUCCAGCCUGAGGUGCUAGAACAUUCCACCCCUUCCUUGUAAACCUCUCAGUCUCGGAGCAAAAGCAGCCCAUAAUAGCGUCUGCAAUACCUGUAGUUUCCCAGUAGAGGGCGCACUCGGUGUGAUGUAUCACUCUCUUUCCACGUUUUCUCCAGUCUGGAAAAUAAAUGUGUUGGUGGACCACACUCUUGCUGGUUCAAGCUUUGGUACAUCUGCGCACGAGGAACAUCUGUCGUCAUGGCGACGAGCAAGGUCACCGCACAGCUGUUUGAAAGGAAGAAGGUUCUUAUUUAGCGUCUUGUUUUUCAGUUGUAGUUGUUACCUUUGUCAAGUAGGUUAUGUGAUGUUGACUUAUCAGUGUGAGGCCACAGAACUGCUCAUCAAACAAAGAGUUCGGCUAUUGACAAAGGUGAUGUGUAUAUUUGUGCAAAUAACCUCAACCACAUGGUGUUGACAUCAAGUCUGUGUGGACACUGAACUUGGUGCAUAACGCAGAGCACAGGUCUGCCACUCAGUAAGAACCAUACAUUUACCUCUCACUGCAAAAGAACGUUGUUUUUCUAAAGGAACCCAGAACGUAAAUGCUUCAUUGGAACAAGCUAGUAGUUUGUUCUGUGGUCAGUUUGGCCUCAGUCUGGGUUUGAGCCAAACAAAUCAUUCCAGGAACAAGUACCUCGACUCUUCUGGACGUCCUUCAGUUGGACAUAACAGUGUCAGUGGUUGUCGUGGAGAAGUGGACAAAUACAUGAAGAAACCAUGAUCACAGACUUCAAGCUACUUCUCCAAGUGGUUGAGAUAACGCCUCGGGCUAAUGCAUCACGUACACGUUUGUUUGCUCAGAUGAGAGCAGUGGAACAGCUCAGUUGGUUCUGGCAUCACUGUUGUUGUCCAAGAGGAGGGAGGUUCUGGGACGAUACACAGAACCAGGAGCUGAUCAGGUUUAAAGCGUCAAGCACUCGAGCUGCUUCCUGAGAGUUGUGAAACAUGGAGUCUCUGGUGGCACUUGUCCUCACCCUCGCUGCUGCAGCUCUGGGCGUCUGGUACCUGCUGGGGGUUUUCCGGCAGCGCCGUCCUGGAGAGCCCCCUCUGGACAAGGGGCUGGUUCCCUGGCUCGGUCAUGUCCUGGAGUUUCGCAGGAACACCAUGAAGUUCCUGGAGAGGAUGCAGCAGAAGCACGGCGAUGUCUUCACCGUACGGCUGGGGGGCCACUACGUGACCUUUCUUCAGGAUCCCUUCUCUUUGGGCGCUUUUACCAAAGAGAGCCGGGAAAAGCUGAAUUUCAACAAGUUUGCCAGGCAGCUGGUGCUGCGAGUGUUUGGCUACAGAGCUAUUGAGGGGGAUCACGACAUCCUGAUCUCCUCCAGCAACAAGCACCUGAAGGGCGACGGCCUGGAGGUCAUGACUCAAGCCAUGACGACUAACCUACAGAACCUCAUGCUGCACAGCAUCAGAUCUGGUCCAGACCACAGGACCUGGGUUGAAGAUGGACUCUUCGUGUACUGUUACAACGUGGUGUUCAGAGCUGGCUACCUGUCCUUGUAUGGAAACCAUCACACAAGUGAGGGCAGUGAGGAGACGGCCAAGGAGAGAGACAGAAGGGAGUCGGAGGCUUUGUUCCAUGAAUUCCGGAAAUAUGACCAGCUGUUUCCCAACCUGGUUUACGGGAUUCUGACCCCCAAAAAACGGCUGGAGGUGCAGAGACUGUUGGAAUUCUUCUGGGAUGCCUUGUCAGUGGGCAAGAUCAAGUCCAGAGACAACAUCGGUGGAUGGGUGAGGGACUUGCAGCGAGCCAAAGAGCAGAGGGGGAUGAAGGAGGACAUGAUAUCCAGGUACAUGUUUGUGCUUCUCUGGGCGUCGCAGGGCAACACUGGGCCCUCUUCCUUCUGGCUUCUCCUCUUCCUCAUGAAGCACCCAGAAGCCAUGGAGGCUGCCAAGAAAGAGGUGGAGGAGAUCGUGAAACAGUCUGGGCAGGAAGUCAGUCGGGACGGUCCUUUGCUGGACGUGAGCCGUGAAAUGCUGAUGAAAGCGACGACCCUGGACAGCAUCAUUGAAGAGACCCUCAGACUCACAGCUGCCCCCCUCCUCACGCGGGCAGUGCUUCAGGACAUGACCAUCAAGAUGGCCGACGGCCGCGAGUACUUGCUUCGCCAAGGUGACAGGAUGGCGGUGUUCCCCUACAACGCUGUCCACAUGGACCCGGAGAUCCACCCGGACCCUCUCUCCUUCAGGUACGACCGCUUCCUCCGUCCAGACGGGAGCAAGAAAAGCGACUUUUACAAGGGAGGGAAGAAGGUCCGCUACGGCACCAUGCCCUGGGGCGCCGGGGUCUCCAUGUGUCCGGGCCGGUUCUUUGCCACCAACGAGCUGAAGCAGUUUGUUUUCCUCAUGCUGGUCUACUUCCAGUUCGAGCUCAAGGAUCCUGAGGAGAAGGUCCCGGAUAUCGAUGCUCGGAGGUUCGCCAUUGGAGCAGUCCAGUCGGACAGAGAAGUUCAAUUCCGCUACCGACUGAAAUAAUAACGCAUCUUAAGCGUCAGUCGCUGAAAGUCCAAUGUUCAUUGUUGGGAAUUAUGGGUUCUUCUCGCUGCUCUUUUUCGGUCCUGCGUAUAAAGGU